ACCACCGCCAUAGUGGGGAAAGGACUGUGGUGAAAAUGUCGUCCCACAAGACCUUUGGGAUCAAGCGCUUUCUGGCUAAGAAGCAGAAACAAAACCGGCCCAUUCCUCAGUGGAUCAGAAUGAAGACUGGGAACAAGAUCAGGUACAACUCCAAGAGGAGGUACUGGAGGAGGACUAAGCUUGGCCUGUAAACGCGACCUGGUCCAUGGAUCCAGCAUCCAUCCAUUCCAUCCCACCUGCUGGGCUUCACCUUUUAUCGUGGAGGGGGACUCG